AUGUCCCCAGAUGCAGCGGCCCUACCCUCUCCUCCAGACUUUGCACCGUGGGAUAACGCUCCCCGCCGCCCGCAGUCCCUCGGUGGUAUGCAGCCGGGCGGGAAGUCAAUCGCCGCCGGACUAGGAUCAUAUCAGGCCAACAACAGUUAUGCGUCCCCCGCCGGGUCUCAACCAGCUCGAUUCCCCAAUAUUAAGGAUCUCCAAGAUGAAGCAGCAGCGCUUGAUCUAAACGACAAUACGUCGCUAAGCGUUCUGCUGGAGCGAGCGCAAGUGGCCAUAGAUCGAGCCCGUGAGCUUGCCGACACCGAUCAACUGGAUCGGGCUUAUGUGCAUUACCUGCGAGCGUCGGAGAUCACCAUAAAUCUAAUACCUAAUCACCCUGACUACCGAGCCACUGCCAGCCAACGUCCAGGAUGGUACAAACGAUUCGGGGAGUUGAUGAUGGCUGUGCGGAUGAAGCAAGGGACAAUGGAUGAUAUCAAACAACAAAUACUGGAGAACAAUUUGCUGAGCAACGUGCAGCCUGGUGGGGUGUCUCGGUCGAACCCUCCACGACCAAGAUCACAAGUGGUGUCUCCUGAACUUGGGCAGAGUCCGGGCCCAAGAGGUCGCCCUGUUGACGCUGGCAACAACUCUUUGCGGAUGCCUAGCCCCACGCAAUUCCAACGAUCAGCCCAAGCAAAUGCGAAGAUGAAUCGUUUUUCGAGUCCUGCUGGGGAUGCACUUGCUGAGAGAUUCGCAAAACUAAAAAUGUCGCCGCCUACUCCAUCUGAUGUAGGUUCUAUGUCCAAUGGCCAAAACGGUACACCCCCGACUCAGGAUCUCCCUUCUCGACCAUCGUCCCAAAUGUCUCAAGGGGUACCUCCGCGGCGGCCUCUAGGGCCCCGUAGUAUGGGUUCCUCCCAUAGCGUACCUACUAUACCUCCGAAAGUGCCCCUUAAUACAUCUCUUCCUCGUGCUCCCGAUCCAACUUACAGCCCGAUCUGGACAGUGCCUUCACAAGGACCCUCAAACCCACCCAGGACCUCAGUUGAAAGCUCUCGUCCCGUCAACCCACGGUAUUCCCUAAUUACGUCAUCUUCUCGCAGUAGUCUUAGCCAUGAUGGCUUCGACGACAAUCCUUACAGGUCGCAAACUCCGAACGGUGUACACCAGGCGAAGGAGGUCAAAAGCAGUAGUGCAGAUCUCCCUCACAGCACCACAAUUGAGCCCCAGAAGCUGCUGGAGUAUAUGCGCAAAUACAACACUCUAUUGAUUGACGUGCGUUUCCGGGACCAGUACGACAGUGGCCACAUCUAUGCCUCCUCGAUCCUUUGCAUUGAACCGGUGGCAUUAAAGGAGAAUGUGUCAGCGGAGGAGCUCGAAGAACGCCUGGUGGUGUCGCCGGAACAUGAGCAGUCAUUAUUCGAGCGGCGCAACGAGUAUGACAUGGUCGUUUAUUAUGACCAGGGAACGGCCUCGGUCAGUUAUCUAGCCGGAUCUCCUGUAGGCACUACGGCUCCUCAUCUUCGAGCCCUGUAUGACACGCUUUACGAGUUCAACGCAUAUAAGCCAUUGAAAGAUGGACGACCUCCUGCACUACUGCUUGGCGGCCUUGACGCAUGGAUCGAUCUAGUUGGCCAGCAAUCUCUUGCUACAUCCUCCACUGCUGCUGUGAUGGGAUCUUUGCAAGCAAAGAGGCCUGUCAGAAGGCCAGGGCGACCGCUAGGAAGAGUGCCUACUAUCGUCAGUGCCAAUUCUAGCUUGGAAGUGAGGAAGAGAAGAUUGCGCGAAUAUAAGCCACUGAAUCCUCAAGAGCUCACAGAGUGGAUGGAAAAAUCUAAGACGGAAGAAAUCGACCCCGGGACCUAUGUCGAGGAGGAGGCACUCACGGAAGAACCGGAAGGUGCUGAAGAGCCACCUGUCUCUCCCUUUGUGCACACAUAUGAGGAUUUCCUGCGGCGCUUCCCAGAACCACAUGCAAUCCAGCAGUCAAUGGUGACGCCCCAUGUUCGGCCAGCGGGGACACCGGCGCCCAACUAUGCUGCACCUGUUCCUGUUGCUCCAUCGAGGCCUCCGCCUGCAGUCCCACGGCCCAGUUAUAGUGGCGUUUCAGACGGCCGGCAAAUACAACCUACGUUGGAGCGACAGAACUCUGCCACCAAAACAGCUCUCUACACACCAAGCUCGAUGCUUAACCGUCUGAAGCUCCCACGGACUGGCUUGACUAAUUUUGGCGUGACCUGUUACAUGAACUCUACCCUUCAGUGUUUGAGCGCCACAGUGGUGUUGAGCAAGUUCUUCAUCGACAAUCGGUUUCGGUACUAUGUACAAAAGAACUGGAAGGGCUCCCAAGGCGUUAUGCCGGGGCUUUUCGCGAAUCUGAUCCGGUCACUCUGGAAGAAUGACGUGGAAGUGAUUAUGCCGACCUCCUUUCGGAAUUUUUGCGGACGACUGAAUCAAGAAUGGGCUAUCGAUCGCCAGCAGGAUGCCAAGGAAUUCUUCGACUUUGUCGUCGACUGUUUGCACGAGGACCUCAACAUUAAUUGGCAGCGGACGCCUCUCAGACCCUUGACUUUCGAGGAAGAGAUGCAGCGCGAGAGAAUGCCCGUUCCCAAGGUUUCCAAGAUUGAGUGGGAUCGCUACUGUCAUCGCGAAGAGUCGUUCAUUUCAUCGCUCUUUGCAGGCCAGCACGCGAGCCGGCUACGCUGCACCACCUGUAAGCGGACAUCAACCACGUAUGAGGCAUUCUACAGCAUCAGUGUCGAAAUUCCAUCGUCGGGCACGGGCGACAUUUAUCAAUGCCUUCGCAGUUAUUGCCAAGAGGAGAUGCUGAGUGGGGAUGAGGUGUGGAAAUGUCCGUACUGCAAGUGCGAACGAGUGGCCACCAAACAGAUCAUUAUCACGCGGGCGCCGCAGAUCUUGGUCGUCCAUUUCAAGCGGUUCUCGGCGUCGAAGACCCAGACUGCACGGAAGAUCCAUACGCCUAUCGACUUCCCUUUGCACGGACUCCGGAUGGAUGACUUUGUCUUCUCGGCAUAUAAUCAGGGGCAGACCAACGGAUUACCCCACGACCCGAUCGCGGCGACGGUGCCUCCGUUCACGUACGAUGCGUACGGAGUCUUGCGGCAUAUCGGAUCCUCGAUGGGCAGCGGGCAUUACAUCUCUCUGGUGCGAGAUGCGCAGCGACAAUGCUGGCGACGAUUCGAUGACGAGCGGGUGACCGAUUUCAACCCGCGCGAUUUGCGAUCGAAAGACCGGCUGCAGAACGAACAAGCCUAUAUUGUCUUCUACGAGCGGGUGCCCGCCAAGUAA